AUGGCCAUUCCAUCCACCAAAGCCUGCCUCUCCCUCGCCCUCCUCGGCGCAAACUUGGCCACCGCUCAACAAAACGAAGUUGCUCCUCGGGCCAACUGCACAACAACCCUGACCCUGACGCAGUCUCGACUGCCUACUCCGCCGUAUUGGCCGCAGUGCUCGUGGGACGGCACGUUGAGCAUCUACUCGUCCACGGUUACGGUCGAGAGGUCGAUUGACUGCCAUGGCUGCUCGGAUGUUCGAGUCGCUGUUACGCCGAUUGUCCAUUGCCCGGCCAUGAUCAUCACGGCGAGUGUGCAUGUGGCGACGCCGAGUACGGAGCAUCGGACGAAGGGAAAACAAAUGGCUGGGAAUAUGGAGAGAUGGAUUGAGGGUAGUGGCUACGUGGUGUUUCAUGAUAGGAAUGCACGUCACUGGAGGCAAAAGCCUGGCCGGCUGUUCUUAUGCUGCGGGAACUUUUGCAAGGUUCAGAUUUAG